AGGGUCUGGGAGAUGAUGAGGUUCUUUGUUUGAAGAAAGGAGGUGAUUUUAUCUCAACGGGGGGGGCGGCUCAGACCGGCUCAGAACCAGGUUUGUUUAUCCAGGAGCGAUCAAUACAUCAGUCUUAGUGCCAACUCAUGACAGGAGUCAUCCCAGGACACUGAGACUCUAAACAGCAUUUAUCAAGUUUACAGAGGAGAGGGUGGACUUCAUCUAACAGGUAGAAACCUCGAACAGGACCAGACUGAUGUUGGACCGUCAUCAGCUGAGACUGAGCUGGGCUUAGUAGGUUGACAAUAUUAAUUAUUUAAUAUUUCUGAAUCCCCAAAAAGUGGACAAGACUACAUGGAGGUGCCGUCACGGAGUCACAGUAAAUUUUGAGAGUUUUUCAGGUCAGGUCGAAUGUUUUUCACUCAAAACUUCCACACAAAACCUGGACGUCUGAAGGAUUUUAUAAACUCCCCUGGACAAAGAGGACAUGUCCGGGUAAAAGAAGACUUAUGGUCACCCUAGGUUUAGAGAGUGUGAAUUAACCAACAAUCAAGAAACAACCAACCAGACUGAGGAGUGAAAACUCGACUCUUACGCCCAAUUUUCACCAAAUGGUUCCAAUCUGGAACAGCAGAUUUUCGCCAUUUAUUUAUUUAUUUUUUAUUUUAUUUUAUUUUAUUCGAUUAGCAUUUAAAAUCUACCCACAACAGAUACAUAGUAAAUUUCAAAAGCAUCAUAAAGCUAAUCGAAAAGGUGUAGGCUGAAGCUCAUUUAACAAUUCCUACCGGAUCCGUUUGUGAGGCAAAUGCUGUGUCAGAUUACGGACAGGAAUCACGAGAACUCAGAAGAACCACAUGCAAUCGCGCAAUAACAAGUUGUAGACUAGACAUAUAAGCAGUAGAUUGUGUCCUUCCAGAGGAGGAAAUCUACUUCUAGACUUCUAGAAUCAGCAUCUCCUCAUCCAUGGUGUCAUCGGGGUGAAAUGACGUCUAAAAACCUUUCACUUGUUCGGAGUGUUUUAUUUUGAAAAGAAGCCGGAUGUUUUAUUUUGUGUCUGUCCCCGACUUCCUUUCCAGCACGGGUUAAUCUGAGCUUAAGUUAUCCGGAAUGCUGCGGCGUCUGGUAAAAAUAGAACUCUUGUGAUCAGCUGAGGAGUCCGGUGAUCCGCAGAGGAACGGAAAGAAGUCGGUGUAAAUCGACACGUUAACUUGAAUGGUUACGAUCAGCUACGAUCGGAGGAUACGACCUUUUUGUCCAGAUGCGGUGGAGAUUGGGGGUAAAAUCUGAGUCCUCCUGGUUAAAAAGUUUCUAAGUUUUGCAGAUGUUAGUUUAAAGAUGUUAAAUUAACUCUCUGAUAGAUGGGUUUAUUUUCGUUGCGUGCCUCCAUAAUGGGAAAAACCAGCGCUGCAUGUCAGAAUGUCGCUCCAAUCAAAGUGAGCACCUUAUGUUGUUACAGGAAGAGCGGUUUGAGAGCUCCAGAAGGCCAAACUUCCCAUGAGGAGGUCACAAAGACAAACAUUUCAGAGUUUCACAGCACGCCUCAGUAACUCUGUGAGAGCGCCCCCCCUCCUCCCCUCCUCUGUCCCUCGCCUUUUUCUUUAGCAACAUGAACUCUGAGAGCCCUGGGAGAGUCGGGGGGUAAAGAGAGGGAAGAAGGAGGUAAGACAGAGGAGAGGAGAGGAGGGCAGGCUGCAGAAAUCCACGUCUAAACAGAUGCAGUAAUUCCAUUUCCACUCCUUUACAUUCGGUAUGCAGGGGGCCAGCGCGUAACCCGAAACCCUCUAUCGCCGCCGCGCACAGAGAGCAGGAGGCGUAGUCGACAGUUGGUGGCUGGGGCCGUGGAGUCUAUCAGGCUUGUUAAUCAAUACGGGUUCCACUCUGAUAGACAGCGAUUGGUGUAACCGAUGCUCAGGCUGGUGGGAGGAGGAGGAGGAGGAGGAGGAGGCACCUGUUCCCCGCCACUUUCACCUGCGGUUCUCAGCUCGGCUGGAGACGGCUGGCCCAGCGUGAGGCCUCUGGAUCGGGCCCAGAAAGACUCUGCAUGAACAUGAGAAUGUCCGAGGAGCCAUGAGAAAAAUGUCCCACCUGUUCUGGCAGGAUGACGGCUGGAAUGAGAGAGGUGGGAGGAAAGACGGCGUUAAGAGGCGAGAACACGCCAAGAAAAGUGCCGGAAUACAAAAACGCUGCUCCUCCGUGUUUGGUUCUGCCUCUGAGGACAGAAAGACCUGAUCCAGAUGACCUGAGCUGUCUGGUUCUUACUGAACUAGAAGAUCCCUGAUGUCUUUUUUCACCUUUGACAGACAGGGUGUCAGAGUAAAGACCUCAGAACCGGACUGAUGUGGUCCACUUUCUUGGUCUCUUGUAGCAGCGUUCUGGUUCAGACUGUAAAGACGCUGUUACAGGAAUCAUGUAGAGGUUUUUUCAGGUCCUGCUUGGACACGAGUCAUGAUAGUAGACCGACUUUAUGUGGUUUUUAGGAUUCAGAUCUGAGUCCAGGUUUCUGGUCUGGUCAGUCGUUUUGAGCUGCUGACGGACCUUUAAUCAGAUUUGCUUAAACCUGCUCGAUCACCUGAAGACAUGAUUAUGUUUAUCAGUGAGUCGUCUGCGUACUUAAGGUGAUUUACCCCAAAUUUCCACCGUACGCAGAACAGCGGUGAAAAGGCCAUCUGUGCUGUUUCCAUUCAAGUUAACGUGUCGAAUUCAGUUCAGCGGGCUUCGUUGCCGAUCGCCAGGGUUCUAUUUUUCCGGACGCCGCAGCAUGGCGGAUAAAUUCAAUCAUAAAACGGGUGUGGCGUGGGAUUCAAGAGCCAAUUGUUAUUGUGCGAUUGCAUGUGUUCUUGUGAGUUGUUGUAAUUUCCACUAUUCGAAAUUUGCCACAAAAUUCACCUCACAAACACAUCAGGUAGGAUAAGACUACCAGAUGUGUUUCAGGCGGAUCGUAUUUCACACUCUGCAAAUGUGGUUUGUUUCGUAGAUAAAGAUAAAUAUUGUACUUACCCGUGGUUAAUUCCCAAUCUCCACUAAAGUGUCUGAUCUACUGGUCUGGACAGAGUGGAUUUCCUCCUCUGGAAGGACACGAUCUACACCCGUAUAUGGUCAUGUGUCUGUCUUCAUAGCGACAAAUCAUCAUCGCGCCAUUGUGUGCGAGUUUGCGGGUUCUUGUACGUCCUUGAGAUUUCUACUGUCUGAAAUUCACCAUGAAAUUUACCUCACAAUCGAAUCUGGUGGGUGAAAAUUUGGCGUUGUUUUGUUGUUGAACAGAAGAGGCACCAGGACAGAGCCUUGGGGAACUCCACGUGUAAUUAUUGUCUGUUCAGAUCUAAAGUUUCCUUUUUUCCUACAUAUUUUUGGUCUGAGUCGUCCAGCAUGGGUUUAAAAUCUCUCCAGAGCUGACGGUUAAAUGUUUUCAUGUUUGUGUUCACUCACGCUUCAGUAUUUGGAUUAUUUAUCAUGUCUGAAUACAGUAAGUGUUGAUGGUUACAGUGGAAAUGUUCUUCUGUAUGUUAAUGUGAGCUCACCCAUCCUCAGUCAGCCCACACCCCGAGCUCAGAGGGUCACUCAGCCUCCUUUAGCAAAUAUCCCAGUUUAGGACCAAUUAGUGGUGAUGAAACGCUGCUGGUUGGAAAGACGCCGCCUGUCUGCCGAACCGUCUCAGCUCCAUUUGAAGCCCAUAAAUCCAAUAAGAAGUGUGAAUGAGUUUAAUUAGUGCUAUCACAAUGCUGUAUCUGUACACGCUGUUAGCUUGUUUCCUUUAGGCUGAGCUCCACACACACACACACACACACACACACACACACACACAGUGUUGUGUUUGUCAGGCCCUGCAGUGGUGUGGCGCUGUAAUCAGCGGCCCAGCAUGCACUGAGUCAAACAUUGGCAGCGGCGUUAAGACAAACAGCCCCCCCUCCCUGAAGACCAAGACGACCCCCUGCUGAGGGCUAACAAGACCACAUUAACCUCCUGCACCACACACACACACACACACACACAGCCUCUGUUUCCCUGCAUGCAAACACCUCUGCAUGUUCUCUCUCUCAUUCUUCCACACAGGCGUGAAGCUCUGAGGACACACACACAUUUCAGAGCGUCGUCAGAUUGAGGAGCAGAGCUCAGUCAGGAGCUUAAAGACGAACAGGAGCGCCUGAAAAAUACAUGAAAUCACCACAAACAUGUUACACUGCAGCGUAAAUGUGCAUAAAAACACAAAAACUAUGUCAGUGUGGUCAUUAUGAGGGAGGAAAUCCACUUUUCCAACAGCGUACUCAACUUCUUUCUUUAUCAUAAAAGACUGAAAAUGAAGAAGCUUUUAUUUUGAAAUCCUUUCAAUCUUAACUGUUGAGUCCACGACCUCAUUAAAGCGUCUUUUUUUCUCCUGAAGUUGUAAAGUCUACGUCCAGGUGUCGUUUUAAAUCUCUGAGCAUGUCUGCAGAGAAAUAAAGAAAAAUGUAGUGAAAGAGUUGAUCUUUAUUGUCCUCCGAUUUUACAGAUUUCGGUCUCAAAUUUUAGACAUCUUCAAAAGUUAACCUCUCUUAUCCGUCAUGUUUAAGCGAAUGAUUUCUUUAAGGUUUGUCGCACAAGAGGACACUCACAUUUGUUGCAUAAUACCUUAUAUAUGUGUUGAUUUUGAUGCUUUAUUUAUCUUUAUUGGAGGUGUUGCCUCCUGCAACAAUGCACUGAGACAUUACUGCUGCCUUUAUCACUGAAAUACAUCAUUCGUUGGUAUUUACUAUUAAAAAAAAGGUCAAUUAAAAAUCACUUUCUUCAGACAGAAACCUUAGCCAAACAUUUUGCACUCAUCCAUUUGUACAACAAACACAAUCGUAACUUCAGCAUGUAAAGUGAAAGUGAAGUGAAGAACUUUAAUAUUUAAAUUAAAUUAGUCCAGAAAAUAUGAUUGAAAUUUUGCAAAUAUUAAACAACUCUCAGACUAAACUUAAAUUAAAUCUUUGUGUGCAGAAAUUUAUAUUCAACAUUUGCAGAAAGAAAACAAAAUAAAUUAGAGUGAAGAUACAUGGUGUAAACUCUGAGGGCAUUAUAACCAGAGAAGACCUGCAGGAACAUGAGGGUUAAAUGAAAAGAUGAUUCUCGGUUAGUCCCACAGGGGAAAUUCUUUAAAAACAUAAAGAAACUUUGAGUUAAAAACGAGAUAUGUGCCUCAUAUUUACAUCUGUACAGAAUUUACAGGAUAAUCAGGUUUAUUGACCGAAGUGAAUAAAAACAGCAGUCAGAGGUCUGGACUUUAACUUUAGUUUAUUUGGAUUUCACUGAAACUUCUUACUGAGACUUUAAAUAAAACAUUAAACUCACUGUCAUAUUUUUAAAUCCCGUUUAUUCUCAGUGACUCUCAGACAUUUCUCUUUUAUUUCUCAUUAUUUCCUCGAUUUCCAGUUUUGAUUCUAACGUAACUUCAGAGAAAAGCAGAGCAGUGGGAGUUUUAUUCAGUUUGUCAGUCAGCUGUUUAAAUAAAUCACUCAUUAUUUGUUUUAUAUUGUUUUUUUAUAUCUGACUGCUUCACUACAAUCACUGAGCGCUGAGAUCUGUGACUGGUUGUAGUCGCCUCUCACAUCAUUGGGAACUUUACGCCAAGUCUGUCCGGCCUUCUCUGAGGACUCGCGGGUCCACUCGCAGAUGACUCUAAAUUAUGAGGUUAUUCUUGUUUUAACUUUUUGACAUCAAAUCCUUGAACAGAUGGGAGGUGGAACCAAUAUACAGUCUGUGUGCCGACCUCUUGACCAGGUCAGAUCUUGAUCUCAGCAGGUACUUACCUGGUUAAAAAAAGUUAAAAAAUACACAAAUAAAUAAUAAUAAAUCAGAAAACUGAUUUUUUUGCUCCUCGGUUUCUGCAGGAGGAAAAGUUGAAGUGACCAAAAGUGAAAACUCUCUCUCACACUCUUGUUCCACAGAUUCACUCACUUCUUUGUGUCCUGCUGCAGAAGAAGUUGGAUUUUGUGACUUUCCCCCCAACUGUCUGUCUGCACCUCUAAUUACAUUUCUCCCUAAUGUCUCUAUUGUAUUAACACCCCCUCCCCUCCUCUGUGUGUGUGUGUGUUUGUGGGACAAUGUGAUUGUAACCCUUCCUCCAGGGUGAACAUUUUAAACAAACACCUUUACACGGAGCUCUUGAUUGACUCAUUCCCCCUCCCCGCCCACACCAGGGGGAGUGUCCUCGCUCCUGCUGAAUAAAACCCAACGCACCCUCCUCCAGAGCAGCAUGCAGAGAGAGACACGGUGUUAGAUCCACGCAAACACAAAGACACACACACACACAGAAAGAGGGGAGAGAGUGACAGUGUAGCGCGCCUCUGUUUGGAUUUUACGCACACUUUAGUCGAGCUCAGGCUGUAGUAUGACUUCAUUUCUGGAUUAAUCGGACCCGCAGCCGACUUGCAGAGCGCAAGUUCGCUGCUACUUCACCGAGGAAGGAGCGAGGAGAGAAAGCAACGAUGGAGAGGAGCAUCCCGGGCUGGUGCUGCUGCGUGCUGGUGACUCUCCUCGUCCUGCACGGAAGCAGCUGCAUGGCUGCCAAAGAGCUCCAGUGUCAGGAGAUCUCCGUGCCUCUGUGCAAAGGGAUCGGCUACAACUACACCUACAUGCCCAACCAGUUCAACCACGACACGCAGGACGAAGCCGGCCUGGAGGUGCACCAGUUCUGGCCGCUGGUGGAGAUCAAGUGCUCCCCGGACUUGCGCUUCUUCCUCUGCAGCAUGUACACUCCGAUCUGCCUGGAGGACUACAAGAAGCCUCUCCCCCCCUGCAGGAGCGUGUGUGAGCGGGCGAAAGCCGGCUGCGCUCCGCUCAUGAGGCAGUACGGCUUCCCGUGGCCGGACCGGAUGAGGUGCGACCUGCUGCCCGAGCAAGGCAACCAGGACACGCUGUGCAUGGACUACAACCGGAGCCAGACCACGACGGUUUCCCCGGUGGUGGCGAAACCGACCAACCGGCCCCUGAAACCGUACAACCCCCGGAGGAAGGGCGGCUUCGGCGGCAGGGGGAUCCCCGGGAAUCACAAGCCGGCUGCGUCUCCGUGCGAGCCGGGGUGCUUCUGCCGCGCGCCCAUGGUGCCGGUGACCAGCGACGGACACCCGCUGCACAACCGGGUCAAGACGGGUCAGAUCCUGAACUGCGCCAUGCCGUGUCACAACCCGUACUUCACCCAGGAGGAGAGGACUUUCACCGCCUUCUGGAUCGGGCUCUGGUCCGUCCUCUGCUUCAUCUCCACUUUCGCGACAGUGGCGACUUUCCUGAUCGACAUGGAGAGGUUCAAGUACCCGGAGCGGCCCAUCAUCUUCCUCUCCGCCUGCUACAUGUUCGUCUCCAUCGGAUACAUCGUCAGGCUGGUCGCGGGGCACGAGGAGGUGGCGUGCAACAGGGAGAACGGCGCGGACCACAUCCACUACGAGACCACGGGUCCCGCGCUCUGCACCAUCGUCUUCCUGCUCAUCUACUUCUUCGGCAUGGCCUCCUCCAUCUGGUGGGUCAUCCUCUCCCUCACCUGGUUCCUCGCCGCGGGGAUGAAGUGGGGGAACGAGGCCAUCGCCAGUUACUCCCAGUACUUCCAUUUGGCAGCCUGGCUCAUCCCCAGUAUGAAGUCCAUCGCGGUUCUGGCUCUGAGCUCCGUGGACGGGGACUCUGUCGCCGGGAUCUGCUACGUGGGGAACCAGAACUUGGAUAACCUCCGCGGGUUCGUGCUGGCCCCGCUGGUUAUCUACCUCUUCAUCGGGACCAUGUUCCUCCUGGCCGGGUUCGUGUCUCUGUUCCGGAUCAGGAGCGUCAUCAAGCAGGGGGGCACCAAGACGGACAAACUGGAGCGGCUCAUGAUCCGGAUCGGGGUGUUCACGGUUCUGUACACGGUCCCGGCGACUGUCAUCGUCGCGUGUUACUUUUACGAGCAGCACAACAGACAGACGUGGGAAAUCACGCACAACUGCACGUGCAUGAGUGACCCGAACAGGCAGCGUCCGGAGUAUGCGGUGUUCAUGUUGAAGUACUUCAUGUGCCUCCUGGUGGGCAUCACAUCGGGGGCCUGGAUCUGGUCUGGGAAGACCCUGGACUCCUGGAGGACUUUUUGCACGCGCUGCUGCUGGGGGAGUAAAGCCUCGGCGGGGUCCAUGUACAGCGACGUGAGCACGGGACUCACCUGGAGGUCCGGGACGGCGAGCUCCGUGUCCUGCCCCAAACAGAUGCCACUGUCCCGGGUCUGAGACGGACUCUAGAGACCUGAAACCAGCGCUGAUAUGCUCUUUAAGAAAAACUGUGUUUGGGGGGAAAUGAUCGGAGGUGAGUCACGGAGAGUGGACGAAACUCGUGAAACUUCAACUUGUGCGCCUUUCUUGCCUUAUCCAAAUGUCGUCCGUGGGUUUGAAUAGAGUGGGGGGUGGAGUGGGGGGGUGACUAAUUGUUGUGGGAUUGUCCGUCAGCGUGUUGUAAUUAGCACAUUAAUGAGCGCCUAAUGGUUCCUCUUUAAAUAAUGAGCCUGUCAGCAGCAGAACAAUGUACCUGCAGAGGAGUCUUAUCUGAGUUUAAGUGAAUGAGUGCAGAUGACAAGAUGCUACGGUGGCCCAGAACUGCAAACUGCUGCAGAUUUUAAAAGGAAGCAGAAAAAAAGAAGAGGUAGAAACAGAAUUACUGAUGCAGAAAAAUAGAAACCGAAGCCUCGCUGAAAAUGAAAAAAGAAACAGUGCAGAUUAAAAGUUAAUGAUGCAAAAAAAGAGAGUUAUUGUGGAAAUAAAAGGAUGCUUAUUUUAAAAAAUGUCGGGGCUCAAUAAUGAUGAUGCACCGUAGUUUUAUGAUCUAGACACAGAAGAUGACGGUGAGAAGACGAGGGAAGAAGUUAAUGAAAAGUUUAUUGUUUAAUUUCACUUUUUAAACUUUUUAUUGUGUCGUGUGGUUCAACCAUGUUGCACCUGAGUCGAUAUGAAGUUGAACUUUAGGAUGUCGGUGUAGUGUUAGCUUCGGUUCAACUUCAUAUGGACCCACGCGCUACGUGAUCCAACCACAUGACACAUUAAAAAGUUUACAAAUCGAAAAUUAAACGAUAACUUUUCCACCUUCUUCUUUGCUCGUCGUCUUCUGUGUCUAGAUCGUAAACACCGGUGCAUCAUCAUAAUUGAUCCCCAACAGCUCACUUCCAUUAAGACCUUUUUUUUUAUUUGCAUCCUUUUAUUUUCUCAGUUACUAACUUUUUAUUUUUCUUUGCAUCUCCACUUUUUUUCAUCGUUAACUUCUGUUGUCACUUUUAUUAAUCCGUACCGUUUCUUUUUAGUAACUUCUGUUGUGACUUCUUUUUUUAUUUGCAGCAGUGGCACUCCUCGGCCACCGUAGCUCCCCCUUGUCACAGCUGAGGCUCUCCUUUUCCUUUUCUUGUUUUACUGUAAAGAGCCGCCGUGUCUUAAACAGAGCUGUCCCUCUCUGACAGACGACGAGUCAAUGCCUUAAAACUGUCUCUCUCUCUCUCUUAUACGGGUUGCAUUAGCGCGUCAAAAGUGUAUUUAUAUAAUUAUUAGUGUACAUAUAUUGUACAUUUGUAUAUGAAAAUUUACGAGAUUGUAAAUAUGUAUAAUUUCAACUUUGAUAGAAGAUUUUAUUUUGAGAAUAAAACAAGUUUCAUGGAGA